UGGAUGGUUUUUUUAGAGGACGAGCCAUGGAAAAUGCAGCCUCAGCUAUAUGACUACGAUGAUUUCGAUGAUUGCCGACGCAGAAACCCGAGUUUUCGUUACAAUGUCGUCAAAGCACAUAUUGUUCAGAAUACAAGUUCAGUAAUGUGGCAACGUAUCACACAACAUUCUAACGAUCCCCGCCACUAUCAGCGAAACGCUUUGGAAAUCGGCAUUUGUCUAGAUCGGUGCAAAUGGGCUACUAAUGUAGAAAUGAGUAUUGAACAGCAAGCCGGAAUAUGUGCCGCCGAUCGAGUAUGGACAAACUACCAGUUGAAAUCUAUCCCGGAAACCUUAGUCAGUAUUUCUGCAGACGAUUACGAUCGACCAGUUGGAACUUUGGAAAUGAUCUUCUGUUUGACGGUUUUGUCUAUAGUAUUGUUAAUAGUUACUUGCACUAUUAUUGACUUUCAAGGCAUUUAUACAGAAUCUUUGGUAGUCAAAGCAUUCUCCUUAUCGGGGAAUUUAAAAAAGCUUGGAUCACUCAACUCUAGAUCCAGACAGGAUCUCCUAUUCCUGGACGGUAUUCGUGUGCUGACCAUGCUAACAAUCGUAUUAUGUCACGCAUCCAUUCCGAUGAUCCGAAUGCCCCUGAAAAAUCCAGAGAAAAUGGAACAACAGUUCAGCAUGUUUUGGUUCCCGAUUGCCAUGGCAGGCAACACCUAUUUGGUGCAGAUAUUUUUCGUCAUCGGUGGAGUGGUACUGGCGGUUAAUUUCAUGGAUCAUAUUAAAACACAUCCCCAGUUUAAAAUGUGGUAUUUGAUGGAUAGGAUUUUGAACCGAUUAGUUCGAAUUCUGCCAGUUUAUUCCUUUGUUAUCCUUUUUCAAGUUUCUUGGUACAAUAGACUUAAAAAUGGUCCUAUUGCAGAGAGGUAUCAAGACCACUGUAUGGAGAAUUGGUGGACGAAUUUACUGUUUGUCAAUAAUUACAUUGAAGCGAACAAACCGUGCUUGCAGUUCACUUGGUAUCUUGGAGCUGAUUUUCAAUUAUUUCUAGUAGGGACGAUAAUACUGAUGUUCAUUUGGAGAUUCCCGAAAUUUAUUAAUGCAUCGAUUUGCUUCAUGGUAAUCUUUGCAUUAGUAGUUCCGGCUGCUGUGAUUUAUUUCAACAAUUUAGACGCAACCGUUAUGAUGAUCGUUCGAUACGUGAUUGAUGAAAUCCGAAAUCUCGACUAUUACCUAAAAGUGUAUGUCACAUUUGAAAGUAAUGCAGGAAAUUACUUUUUCGGUGUGGUUACAGGGAUUGUGUAUCACCAUUUUGUCGAACAUGGUAAAACAUUGGAGGACAUACAGCAUUUCAGUGCCAUGUUCCUGUCGGCAGUCGCAUUCUUCGUUACAUUGAACACCUUGACGAUGUGUCUCCCACUUGACCACCCCGCAGAACCAUCGCUAAUUCUCGCUCUUUAUGGAUCUCUUUUUGAUAUUUAUUGGUACAUAAUAUUUGGCGACGAGGUAAAGCAGGAAACCGUAGUGAAGUGA